CCUCGUCGUCAGAGUCUUCAAGGAAAUUCCCAAAAAUCAAAUUCCUCUUGCUUCUUCCAUACGGUUACAGACCUUCUAUUCCCCCCUUCAUCAAUGCACGGAACCCUAACCUCGAAUUUCGUCGGACAGCCGGUCGGUUGUCCUCCAAUUUCUACCCGGAGAAGUUUAGGUAAGACUGCAACACGAUUCACCACAAGGAAUUCGGUCCAGACAGCGUCGUUUAAUCUGGCCGUAGAGACUAAUAGGGCGGGAAGCCUGUACGAGGUGCUGCGUGUGGAUCGGACAGCGUCUUUGACGGAGAUCAAGAUGGCAUACCGGAACCUGGCGAAGAUGUACCAUCCCGACGCGUUGGGAUCGUCAUCGGACGGACGAGACUUCAUCCAGAUUCACAACGCGUACUCCACGCUGUCCGAUCCGACGGCGAGGGCGUUGUACGACUUGUCGUUGGGGGCUCGGGCGAGGCGAGUCAGGUCCCGGGUAUACCCGACCCGGACAUGGGAGACGGAUCAGUGUUGGUAGGAUUUUUUGUUUUUUGUUUUACGGGUUUGCCCCUUGGCGGAUUCAUCAGACAUGCUAACUUACGUGGCAACGUCAGGGAGAAAAUAUUGUAAAUUCCUUUUUGAUUCAUUUUUUUUAGUAAUAGAAAAUGAGCAAAAUU